ACUCCCCCGGCGCCUCGCGCGCAGCUCCGCUCUCCGAAUCAAGAUGGCGGCGCCGCAUGGCGUAAAACUGAAGGAUUUAAAGUGUGAUUUGACGGACUAUACCGCAGCACAAGCGCACCAGGGCUCUCAGGUUGAAUUUGUGAAACGCGAUGUUCCCGUCUUCGAGCUGAAUGUCGGAAGGAUCUCCGAUGCACUUCACGGAAGCCUGGAUCCGUCCAUUUUAUCCAUCUUUCAGGAGAAGACGCCGACGAACAGCAUGGAGAGCGAGGCAUCGCUGCUGUCCGCUCUGACCGAGAUGUUGGAUAGCGUGGACGUCGAGACGCUGUCGCCAUUCGACACGCUGCCAGACGCGGAGAUCUUCUCGGCUCAGAAGGGUUCGGAUCACACGCUCAGGAAUCUGCUUCAUUUGAGUCCGUCGUCACCGGAUCGGCCCAAAAUCUUUCAAUCAGCAGCUGUAAAGAAGUCAGGAAGAGAGGUCGUUAUGUCAGACAGACAGUUAAGACCUCGUCGUCAUUUAGGGACGCAGAGCGAGAGCUCACAGCGAGGCCACGAUGAGAAGAAGAGCCGAUCUGUGAGAACCUUCCGGAUCGAAUCCGACCCGAUAUUCCCACAGGACUGCCGGGAAUUACUUGCAGAUUUAGUGAGACACAUGCAUCCGUACUGCGUCAGGACCGAGAAAGAGACGCGAGUGUCUGCAGAGGAGGAAGAGGAGGGGUUUGUUGAUGUAGAAGGUUACGAGGAACAGGAAGAGAACAUUCUGGACCGAUCAGGAAAAGACUUGAAUCCAAAUGCACAGAACGAAAAUGCCACCUCGUCACACCGAAACGUUAAGACGAUACCUAAACGCUGCGCUUUAGUCAAAACCAGCGAUGCGGGACGGGUGAAGAAGACGGUGACUUUUGCAUUAAACUUAGUCUCCAUUCACGAGAUUCCACCUGACGACGAGGAGACUUCUGAAUCCACAUCCUGUAAAAACGACAUCACGUCCUCUCAGAAGCCCAAAGCGCUCAGUCUAGACCAGUACCGUCUCCUCAGACAGAAGAAGCCGCCUCUGGAGGACAAACGGAUGGACUUCCGAACCAAAUGGCCUUCGCUUCCCGAGCUUCCCAACAAGGAGCUUCCGCCAAUCCUGGAUCCAAACACAUGGACAUCUCCAUCCAAAGACGCCAGAAAGGCUGUAGGUCUUUGCAUUGACCCGCCAAACCCGGUUUUAGUACCCUUGAAACCCACACGCCACACAAACGCAGAACCAGAUGCUUGUGUUUCUUGUGAAGAGAGUCGAGUCUCUGAAGUCAAACCCGAAACUUUAGAAAGGAGACAGAAGCAGACGAUGUGUGGAGAAAUCGGAAUUGAAGCCACUGAUCUGACCAGCCUUUUGGAGCAGUUUGAGACUCAAGGACUAACUCCACCCGGCACACCUCCACAUCAGAUCUGGAGGCCCCUGGCGUCGGUCAAAGGGACAAAGCAUGAAUCCAUCAAGCCGUCGCCCAGCAAAACCAUUCAGAUUAUCGAACCUCGCCCACUGCCACGCAGUAAAACUCAAUCAAAACCAUCACUUCCCACCUUCACUCCUGCGUUGAAUCCCGCUCGAGCGUUCCUGGACCACGACUACUGCGGGAUUCAGGGCGGAAAGACGUAUUUCGCACACACAGUGCUGCUGUCUCCUGACAGCUCCCCCUGCAGGAUGGAGGCGUUCGAGGAGGCGGAGUCUCUGAGGGGGCGGGGCUUGCACUUCUCCUCCCACUCUCCGAGGGGAAGGCUGAAGAGGCGGGGCUAUGAAUGCGGAUACCGGCGCUCCAGCUCGAGGUCUUGCUCCUCGUGUUCUUCAUCGUCUUCAUCAUCUUCUCGUUCCAGGUCUCCUUCACCACCCAGAACAAGCCCUAGGUACAGGUCCAGGCAUUCUGGAAGCAGUUCCUCCUCGCGCUCCAGUUCUCGGUCGCCUUCUCGUUCUCCUCCUCGCAAGCGUGGACGCCGCUGCUCCAGAUCGUUACGUCGCUCUCGUUCGGGUUCGCGCUCGCCUGAGCCGGACUGGAGAUGGACGAGACGCAGACAGAAGGAGCUAAACUGCCGACACGAAGAGGCUCGUAAACAGCAGAAAGCCAUCGAGGAGCGGAGGGUGGUGUAUGUGGGAGGAAUCCGUGGAAGCAUGUCGCCGUCGGAUCUCAAAGAUCGAUUCUCGCUGUUCGGGAAGGUGGAGGAUUGCGCAGUCCAUCUCAGGAGUCACGGAGACAACUAUGGCUUCAUCACGUAUCACAGCACAGACGACGCUUACGCUGCCAUUGAGAGCGGCAGUAAACUGAGGCUCCCAGACGAGCUUCCCUUCGACAUCUGCUUUGGCGGCAGACGACAGUUUUGCAAAUCCAACUAUGCAGAUUUAGAUUCCAACCGCGAUGUCGAUCCAACAUCCAGGAGCCGAUGCGAGUCGUUCGACUUCGACACGCUACUGAAACAGGCUCAGAGAGGACUGAAGAGUUAGCAGCACAGAAGAUCAGAGACUCAACAUUACCUCAGAGCACUGAUAACCAGAAACCGAUUUCAGCGGUGACCAGCUUAAAUGACCAAUUCAGCUGUCGACAUUGGCCAUAUACAGUUUAAGCUGGUUCACACUGGUUUAAAGGAACAUUCUGGGUUAAAGGCACAAUAUGUAAUUUUCGCCUCUAGAGGGCGUGUAUUCAAAAUAAACAAAGAGACAAA